AUGGUAGAAGGUAGUACUUCACAUCACCAACAAGUUCAAGCCAUCACCACAUUGCGUAGUGGAAGAAGGGUCGACAAUCAUGUGCAAGAAAAGGUGGAUGAGCAAACUGAGAUACCACAUAAUCUGCAGAAGGACAAGGGUAAGCAAGUAAACACUAACGCUUUUUCUUCAUCCGGUCCCACUCCCGAGAUACCAUAUGAACCCCGGGUCCCAUUCCUAGAACGUCUUAAGGCACCUUCUCACUUCGGGAAACAAGGAGAGAAAAUUCAAGAUAUGAUUGAGGUCUUCAAACAGGUAAAAAUCAACCUCCCACUCGAUGCCAUCAAGCAAGUACCUGCCUAUGCAAAAUUCCUCAAGGACUUGUGUACUCAGAAAAGGAAACGCAGAAAUCAUAUUCCCAAGAAAGUCCUUCUUACUGAGCAUGUGAGCUCCUUGAUUCAGCACAACACUCCUCCGAAGUUCAAGGAUCCUGGAUCCCCUACAAUUUCAUGUAUCAUCGGACAGAGUGAGAUUGAUAAAGUCAGGCUAAAUAUCUUCAAUGCAUUCCAGCAUGGACCUGAUCAGAAUGAGUGUUUCUUUGUGGACAACAUUGAAGAAUAUGUAGAAGAUUCACUCCCCAGUCUUUUGACAAGGGAUCCUUUGGAAGACUGCCUAACUUACUUUGGCUCUAAAGACUUCAACACCAAUCAAUACAUUGAUGAGUCUCCACCGAAGCUUGAAUUAAAGCCACUGCCAGACAAGCUCAAGUAUGCCUUCCUCGGCUCUAAUGACACCUUGUCGGUCACCAUUGCUUCAGUUCUAAAAAAUGACCAAGAAGACUGUUUAUUAGCAGUAUUGAAGAACCAUAAAAAGGCUAUUGGAUUGACCGUAGCUGAUUUGAAGGGCAUUGACCCCUCCAUCUGUAUGCACUGGAUUCAUUUAGAGGAAGACGCUCGACCCUCCAAUGAGGCACAGCGCCGUUUAAAUCCCAAUAUGAAUGAGGUAGUGAUGACGGAGGUUGUCAAAUUACUCGAUGCAGGUAUCAUCUACCCCAUCUUCGAUAGCAAGUGGGUGAGCCCCACCCAAGUGGUUCCAAAGAAGUCUGGCAUCACAGUAGUAGAGAACUCAGUUGGUGAAUUGAUUCCCCAGGGCAUAACCACGGGAUGGCGCGUCUGUAUUGGCUACAACAAGCUCAACUCCCACACUCGAAAGGAUCACUUUCCACUCCUAUUCAUUGAUAAGAUCUUGGAGCAUCUUGUUGGCUAG